AAAAAAUUAUAUCCAAAAAAAUACCACAGACAGACACACGAAAAGGAAGGAAUUAGUAGCAAGUGAAGAGCAGAGUAGAGCAGAGCUAUCUCAUCCUGGAUUCUCAUGUGUUGAUUUGUUCUUAAUUAUUAUUUAAUCCGCGGAUAUAUCCGACUGUUUCCAUGUCAUUCUCUGUUCUGGAUCGUUGUUUGUAUUGAACUCUCUCGCUCAGAAUUAUCAGUUCAAGGAUGAUGUCAAUUGAGGGGAUGAUGGACAAGGGUGUGCUGGACGACAUCAUCCGCCGCCUCUUGGACGGCAAAGGAGGGAAGCAGGUGCAGCUCUCCGAGACCGAGAUCCGCCAGCUCUGCGUCAACGCCCGCCAAAUCUUCCUCUCCGAGCCAGCUCUCCUUCAGCUCCGCCCUCCCAUAAGGAUCUGCGGAGAUACUCAUAUCAGAGCUACAAUGUCUCCUACAGGCGACAUACACGGGCAGUACCAAGACUUGUUGAGGCUGUUCGAGUACGGUGGGUGUCCUCCAUCGACAAGUUACCUAUUUCUCGGAGAUUAUGUAGAUAGAGGAAGGCAGAGUUUGGAAACGAUAUGCUUGCUAUUGGCUUACAAGAUAAGGUAUCCGGAUAAGAUUUAUCUUCUGCGUGGGAAUCACGAAGAUGCCAAAAUCAACCGUAUUUAUGGAUUUUACGACGAGUGUAAGAGGAGAUUCAAUGUUCGACUCUGGAAGAUAUUUACCGACUGCUUCAAUUGCUUGCCUGUCUCUGCGCUGAUCGACGAAAAGAUUCUCUGCAUGCAUGGAGGGCUUUCCCCGGAGUUAAAAACUUUGGAUCAGAUAAAGGAGAUUCCAAGGCCCACCGACGUUCCAGAUAGUGGUCUCCUCUGUGAUCUGCUUUGGUCCGAUCCUGAUCCUCGGGUACGGGGUUGGUCCGAUAGUGAUAGAGGAGUUUCAUGCGUUUUUGGGCCCGAUGCAGUUGCUGAAUUCUUGGACAAAAAUGAACUGGACCUCAUUUGCCGGGGUCAUCAGGUGGUAGAGGACGGGUAUGAGUUCUUUGCAAAGAGAAGGCUCGUCACGAUAUUUUCAGCUCCAAACUACGGAGGAGAGUUUGACAACGUUGGCGCUCUUUUGAGCGUGGAUGAAUCGCUAGUGUGUUCUUUCGAGAUCCUAAAGCCUAUUGCAAGCAGUUCAAAGGUUAUUCUGAAGAAGCCACCGAAACUGGGAGGUGCCUGAUGACUGAGAUACAUGCCAUAUCGGAGAAAUGGAAAGAUGUGUUGAUAGUCAUGUCUCUGCAGGAAAUCAAUGCUUUGGGGAAGAAGAAGAAGAAGAAGAUCAAAAGGGUUUCUGUGUACAACUUGCCAUGAUGCUUCAGGUAUAUUUUGUUUAAUAAUAUAAUCCCUUUUUUGCUCGUUUGACCGGGCAUGAGUUUAAAUAAAAGUGAAUAAUAAUUAUUAAUUUGAAUGAUUUUUUACUUAAAAAAGAAAUGAGAAUAUUUUCGACCACAAACCAAAAAGAAAAGUAAGCAUAAAUUUGAACGACAGAGGAAGUAUAUUUCAAAAAUAGGAAGCUGAUUUGAUCAUGUCAAAAGAUGGCAUAUAUUCUAUGUUGUAGAUAAUACAUGCAAAGUUUAAGGGUGUGUUUGUUUGAGGGUUAAGAUUUUGAGUUAGUAAAAAUUUUGAAUUAGAAUAAUUGUAUGAUAGUGAUAUAAAUAGGUGUAAAAUUAAUUUUUAGUAUAAUAUAAAAAAUAAAAAAUAGGUAUUUGAUUUUGUAUUUUUGGAAGGAAAAAUUUGAUGUAUAGUAGAAUCUUGAGAAAAUCUCUCAAACAAACAAUCCCUGCCUCCUAAAACAUAACUAUGGUUGCAGGUAAGAAAUCUGAAUCAAAUCUCUAAAAUAAUGGGUUUGUUUCUUCAACAAUUUAUUUUUUUUUUUGCCAACACAAUUUCAAAUAUAUACUUUC